AAAAACAUCUCCACAGCAUCCUCGUUUGUCAUUUCCUCAAACUAAACCAAACUAUUCAAUACAACUCCCAACACUUUGUCAAUAAGAAUAAAAAUUUCUAGAAUUUGGAAAUGGGUAACCAAGCAACUUCUGCCACUACAGGUUUCGACUUAUCAACCUCAAACAGACGUUCAAGGAACUUUUCUGCAGAACAAAAUUUGAAAAAUGUACAAAAUGAACAAAUUCAAUCAACUCUCAUUAAUUGUUUUGCAUUAGGUGAUGAUAUGAUUUAUUACUUGUGGAAGUUUUAUGAUUUGGAUCAUAAUAAUGAAUUGGAUUUGACAGAAAUGAGAACUUUUCUAACAGAAUUGAUUCAUACACUUCAUGAUGUUUGUCUGAGGAGUGAGCUACUUGCAUACGAAACUGGUAAAAAGAGAGACUUGAGUCAAUCAGGACAGUCCACUCAGGCAACAACAACUACAUCGACAGCAGCUAGUACUGGAGGAGCUACUUCAACUUCAACAACAAAUAGUUCAACAAUAACCAACGAAACAGAUUCGAAACAGCUCGAUAAGAAGAAAUCUUCUCGUUUUGCAAUUUUUAAAAAGAAGAAUAGAAUGUCAACAGAUUUCAACGAAAAGAAAGCAUCAACACCUCUCUGGAGAAGAUCUAGAAAUCUCUCCGAUGAAGAUAGUAUGAAACGAAGAUCAGUAGCUGUCAUUCCAGGUGCUGGGAUAGGCAACCAUCACAACUUUGAACAAAUGAUUACUGGAAAUACAGAACAAGACGAUAUUAAAAGGAGGUGGAAAGCAAUUAGAGAACAUAUGGAAGGUAAUAUUGGUGAUAUUAUUAAGAAGGUUGAUAAGGAUCAAAAUGGAACUAUCAACUAUCAGGAAUUUCUUGAAUUUAUGAAAACAUAUGAUAUCAAGGAUAUGCUCAAUAAUAUUGAACCAUCAAUGGUUUCUCCAAAUUUACUCGAUGGAAAACUAAUGGGACUAUUCAGUGAAGGACUCGCUGAUGAUAAUGUUUCGGAUGUUUCCUCUCCUAGAUCCAUAACUACGGAAAAUCCAACUUCUCCUCAAACGAAGGAAGGAAGAAGAAAAUCAGCAAUUUUCCAAGUACUUUCUCAUACUCCGAGCGAAUCAUCUCUUCCAUCUCUUGACUUACCUUCCAAUAAGAAACCAUUGAAUAAGGGUGAUUUAUUGAAUACUGUAAUUUUUUCUAAUGGACAGGAGACUCUGGAUUUCCUAGCUCAAUACAAGGAAUCUAUUGAUAGAGUGGAAUUGAAUGCAGCAUUGAGAAGAGCAAUUGUAGAUAAUAACCCAUCUAAAACUAGGGCAAUUCUCAAAUAUGGAGCUGCCGUUUGUCAAUCAUUCAAGGAUGAAAAUCAAGAAGAAAAUUCAGAAGGAUUUGAUAUGCUUACCACUUCACUCUUGAAAGCACUUGCAUCAUAUUCACCAUGUAUGGACGGAGGAGAAAUUGAAAAGUUACAAUUAAUUAUUCGAUUACUAGUUUCUAAAGGAUGGUUUGGAAAUCAUAAUACAGAUGAAAAUUCAAGUCAAUUCAAACAAUUGUCCCCUGACAUUAUCUAUGAAUCUAUGGUUUCGCAUAAUGAUUCAAUGUCCAUGUAUGAAGACGAGUUAAGGGAUGCUCUGGGCGAGACUAAAUCUUUUGAAGAGAUUGAAUCAGAAUAUUCUAGUCAACUCGAGGACUAACAAUGUACAAAAAUUAACAAAUAUUUCAAACAAACUUUAUUUCAUUAUUAAAAAUCUUUCAUUACAAAA